GGUUUCCAACGAGACUUGAGGUUUUUGUUGUUUAAAAUAUUUACGGAAAUUAAUUGAAAUAAAAAGCUGAUUUUAAAACAAAUUUUCAAGUUUAUUGAAGGACAAUUAAGAAAUCUAAUUGAUCAUGGCGACCGAAGAGGAAUAUGUGUUGGAUUUAAAUAAAAUGAAAAUCGCGGAUUUGAAGCGAGAGCUGAAGAUUCGAAGCCUUCCGGUUUCCGGGAAUAAACAGGAGUUGAUUCUGAGGUUGGAGCAAUAUUUGGAGGAGCAUGAAGGAGCGGAGGUGGAGGAUGAUGACGCCAUCUUGGAGGAGGAGGAAGAGGAAGUGAAACAUCCGGAACCUGAGGCUGAAGAUGGGGUGGAAGAGAGUGCUGAGGUAAAGGAAGAAGAAGGCAUUGUGGAAGAAAAAAAGGAAGAAGGAGGGGAGGAAGAAGAGAAGCCCGUUGCCGUGGUUACCAAGGAUAUGUCUGAGGAAGAGAAGAGAGAAGCAAGAGCGAAGAAGUUUGGAUUAAAGACGAAUGAAUUGUCGGACACAGAUCGUUUGUCGAAUCGGUCGAAAAGGUUCGGAACCGGGGAUGUUUCUAAGAUUAGUAAGGAAGCUGUAAACCCGGAUAAGUUGCGGUCCCGAGCUGAGAGGUUUGGGACCGUGGUUUCGGACGUUUUAGUAAAAACUGAAACUGAGGAAAAAAAGAGAAAAAGGCAAGAACGUUUUGGCGUAAAUGAUGUUUCAGAUAUUAAGAAGAAGCGAGCUGAACGAUUUGGAAUAAUCGCUUGAAACUUUAAAAAAAACAAUUUUAUCAAAUUAUUUGUUAAACCAACGAGAGCUUGGUAAUUGUGAUGUCAUCCAUGCCCUUAUUUGGCAAUCGCUUAGUUUUAAACCCAAGUUAUUUUAACAUUACUUCGUUAAGUUUUGUUUUAUCAACAACUAACUUUAAACGUUUGAAGCAAUGUCUGUUUUUAUUCAAUUUCAAAAUCUGCGAAAUUUCAAUCAUACUCUAGCAAAAGUUAAUAGUUACAUAGAAAUAACUUACCAGGCGGUGAAACAUAGAUAUCAUAAAAAUGUGUUUUUCGUAGA